AUGAGCAAUUCUGAUAGUGACUCUGGCAGUGCAUCGGAUAGCUCUUCUUCUCCUGCUCCACCCCUGCCGACCACUGUUCUUUCUACUGCUACCGAAGACCGCUCUACCACACCGUCACCUUCACAGGAUCGGAAGGCGACUCUGAGUCCGGCACAAUAUAGAUUUUGUGUGUCGACAGUACGCAAGUUAUGUAAGCUUAAGGACGCGACACCCUUUCUUAAUCCCGUUGAUCUGGUGGCAUUUAACAUCCCUCAUUAUCCGAGUAUUGUAAAACAUCCCGUGGACUCUGCAAUCCUUUAUUGCAAACUCGUUGCUUCUAAUCCUGUGUAG